GGUGUAAAAAGUAGUGGGGAAGGUAAAGGAGGAACGUUUUUAUAGAAGAAUAACGAUAGAUUGGGGGGGGGAGUAUGGGGGGUUUGAGGGGAACAUUAUUGGGUGGAACCGAUCGAUUGAGAGGGUUGUUUGUGUGUUUGUCUGGAAAUAUAUAUUUGCAAUUAGUCAUUUGUGUGUACAUAUGACUUACUAGGUCGGGAAGAAUUGUUUUGAAUUUUGUGUUAAAUGGCUUAAAAAAUUGCGCAAAAAAGCGAUUCUUUUUGUAUAUUAUUUCAAUCUCUUUUACUUUUAAAAAAUAUUUUUUAAAAAGUACUUUUUAAGAAUAUUUACACAAUUUAAAUACCCCGUAGUUUUUAAGGACGAGAAUUGUCAGAAAAUGAUAUCCUCUAUAGUUUUUUGCGUGUUUUGGGGGUUAACCCUUCACUUUCGAAUUUUCUAGUUUAAUAUCAUCAAAUUAAUAUUUAUUCAAAUUAUUCCAAAAAAUUAAAAGAUUGUUUAAUAAUCUUUACUUAUAUAAUAUUAAAUUAUUACAGAUUACAUUAAUUUUUAAUAAUAUUCAAUAAUAAAGCUUAUUUUUUUCUUUUCCGCUAUGAGCGGAAGAAAUUUCGCUGAUAAACUACUAAAUUUAAUACAUAAUUUACCCCACUUUGAUUUUCGUUUUAAUCGACUUCGGCAUGAUACCCCUUUCGAUAUUGAUCCAAAUGGAGAAUAUAUGCAGUCCCUCGUUGUGUUUUGCGCUUUUGGACUUGCAUUAGCAUUACUUUUUCUAUUGGCAACAGUAAUUGUUUGGGUAGCUCAAUGUUGCUUUGCACAUCGUUCUAAUGGCCCACAACGAAAUUCUCGUAAACGUAUUGACAGACUUUCCUUAGCUUUGUUUAUUGUCAGCAUUCUUUGUUUUUCACUUAUGGGGGCUUGUUUGUUUGGAAAUGAAAUUUUUAAUAAAAGUGUUCAAAGUUCUCUUGAUGGACUUGGACAUUUAAAUGAUGGAUUGAGAAGGGCUGCUAUUCAGACACAAAAACUUAAUCACUCUCAAUGGCAGUUAAGUGAACAUGUUGAUGAAUUAACUAUUUUAAUUGAAAGAAAAAGUAGAGCACAUAAAAAUAUUAACCAAACACAAAUUCGAGAGGCCGAUGCUCUUUUAACAGAAUUAUCAGACAAAAUAGAUGAAUUGAAACAACAAUUAACGAGAACUUCGAUUAUUUUAUUUGAUACACACUUUUUGGAUAAUACUAAAAGAAAUGCUGAACGGAUUGAAUUUGAAAGAUGGCUUCUUUGUCUUAUACUUCAAUUAAUCAUGUGUGCAGUACUUUUUGCGGGUGUUAUUGCAUUUUGCCGUCAAUCUCGAAAAGGGGCCAUAAUAUUUUCUGGUCUUGGUUUAGUUAUAUUUUUGGUUUCUUGGUUACUCUUUUCUGCUGUUUUUCCUUUAACCGUGUCUCAUGCAGAUUUUUGUUCAGAUGGCCGAACAUUUCUUCGAAGUCGUUUAAAUGAUGAACUUCUUGAUUUAACCAAUUUUUAUUCUGAAUGUGCUCCAGAUGAAGGAUUACCUCCAUCAAUACCCUUAACUCUUUUAAGUCAAUUAGCUAAAGAUCAAGCUGGGGCUGAACAACGUUUGGGGACUUUGUUGGCAAGAAUGUUUGAAAAAGAAAAAGAAAUUGAGAAAAAAGAAAAUGAUAAAGCUUUUGAUUCUAUUUUACAAUUAACACAAUCCGAAAUAAUUUCUUCCUCAAAACAUUUGGGGGCUUUACAUUUUGCGUUACAAUGUGGACAGUUACACAAAGAUGUUUUUACUUUACGUGUUGGAAUGUGUAGAUAUGCUUUCCUUGGUUCUGUUCUAAUCUCAGCUGGACUUUUUCUUCUCGGUCUAACACUUUUUGUUUUAUUAUUGUUGGUUGCUAAAUCUUGGUAUAUGUUCUCUAGACUUCCAAACGAUUAUUUAGAAGUCGGUGAAGAAGAUCAAUUUUCUCCAAGAAUUCACGAUACAAUGCCUGAUAAUAUUUAUGAUACUAAUUUAUUCAAUCCUCGAGCUCGUCAACAUUUAAGUGGUGGAGUGGAUGGGGGAAAUAAUUCCGACAGAAUGCCUACUCAAAAUGGAGGUCAACAACAACCAUUAUUAUUAGGAGAAAGACAAAGUUGGCAACAACAAAUGAUGACACACAAUGCAGCUAUAGCUUCAGCACCACCAGCAACAAUUGGCACAUCUGGGGGCACACUUAGAGGGACUUUAACUAGGAAUGGAGGUUUGCGUGUUCAUUCUGCUAAUUAUCAACAGAUGAAUGGGGCAAGUGGAGGAGGAGCAGUUUAUGGACGUUUUCAAGAAUAUGGAGAUGCCUGA